CCUGCCUGCUUUUGUGGCUAGUAGCUCCAGCAACACAGCCCACGUAGCGGGUACGAAGCUGCUGCCUCCAGGAAGCGUUCGCGACAUUUGAGGUGUGACGUUAUGUCUAUUACAAGCGUGCCGUUCAUAUAGUUGGGAGUGAGUUUCAGCGUCGCACAAGAUCACGUGUUUGUAAAGUGUGAAAAUAUUUUUAACUUGUGCUUAGAACGUGUACGUCUGUAAGUGCAUUGUGUGAUGACUCAAGACUCGAUUUCUCCUCCAGAUGAGUGUACCCGGAGGCUGACUGCUACACUUUUUUAAAGGAUUUGAUUUGGUGAUACACCAGUAAAAGAUGCUACUCAAAAGUGGAAUGCCAAAGUCUUUGAUAUGUUCAGUUGUCUUAAAUCUUGUGAUCUUCAUCAACAAGCCAUGUGGUGGGCAGACCAUAAAUCGAGCUCCUCAAUUUUUACCUGGUGGAGAUAUGGCUAAGUUUUCAAUACCAGAAGACACAAAAGUUGGGUCACCAGUUUACCGAUUGAAUGGCAUUGAUCCUGAGGGUUCUAACGUACACUACAGCAUUAGUGGAGAACAUCUGACUGUUGACAAGAAGACUGGAGUGGUUAAGCUAAUACAGCCUCUUGACCGAGAAGAAAUUGAUUUAUUGGAGGUCAUAAUAAGUAUAACAGAUGAAGGCAUUGGCGGCUCUGAACCAAAUACAGUAUCUCUACGGAGAGAAAUCUCAGUGCUUGACGUAAACGACAACCCACCUGUGUUUCAAAACCGUCCAUAUGUAUUUGCUGUUGAGGAAACAGAGAAUGUCGGAACAAUUCUCUACUCAAAUGUGUCGAUAACUGACGCAGAUGGUGGCGUCAAUGCAGAUGUGAUGUUGAGUUGUGCUCCACAGAUGGAUGGUGAUGAUUCAUGUUCAAUUUUUAAUAUAAAAACAGAAAAGGUUGCAGAAGGAAAUUUUAUUGGAAUAAUUUCGCUCGCCAAGACAAUUGAUUAUGAGCAAUACUCAGCUCAUAAUUUGGUACUUAAGGCCACUGAUCUGGCUUUGGAUCCAGAAAAGCGUUUGACCGCCACAGCCAACAUUGCAAUUGAAGUGAAAGAUAUUCAAGAUCAGCCUCCUAUUUUUUUAAAUGCUCCAUACUCUGCAACUGUAGCAGAAAGCACUCCAGCUGGUACUUCUAUACUGACCAUUCGUGCUAAGGAUGGUGAUUUAGGUGACCCACGCCGUAUUAUAUUAACCUUAGAAGAUGAUUACCUUGGAUGUUUUGCAUUGGUUACACAAGGAAAUCUAACAGACACAGAAAAUGUGGUCACAACAGCAAAACUAGUGACCACAAACAAUCCACUGGAUAGAGAACAUCCUGAUAUUUUUCAAAAUGGAGGAAUUUAUUCAUUCAAAAUAAAAGCCACAGAGCAAGUAAAUAAUGAAUCUUUUGGUGACACUACUACGUCUCAAGUCACUGUUGUUAUUACCGAUGUUGAUGAUCAGAUUCCUACAUUCAACCAAGAGGAGUUUCAUAUCAGUGUUUCAGAAGAUACAGGUGUUGAUACUCCAAUACCAGGAUUAAAUCUUGUGGCGUAUGACCGUGAUGUUGGUGAGAACUCCAGAUACACCCUUAAACUGCGUGAUGUGAUGAACUCGGAAGGAACUUUUAAUGUCCAACCUCAGUCAGCUACAGGACGUACUCCAGUUGUUAUAAAAGUGGCAGAUGUGAAACAUCUCGACUAUGAUGUCGCAGACACAAAUCUUAGGAAGAUGGUUUUUGAAGUGGUUGCAUUAGUCAAAGGAAAGAAGGGAGAAGACAAAGAAGUGGCAAGUGCACGUGUCAACAUAGAUUUGGUUGAUGCGAAUGACAAUCUGCCAGAAUUCUCAUCAUCUUCGUACAGAUUUAGAGUGCCAGAAGAUAUUCGCCCAGGUGCUCUUGUAUCUAAUAUAAGUGCCACAGACAAAGACAGUGGAAUUUUUGGACAGCUCACAUAUGCUGUUAAAGGUUUUGGAUCAGAAAACUUUAAAGUUCAUCCAACAAGAGGAGGUUUAUACAUUGCAGAAAAUUCACAAGGUUUGGAUUAUGAAAAUCAGCAGUCAUACUCAUUGACAUUUGAAGCCCAAGAUGGUGGGAAGAGUGUGUCAACAGUGAACGUGUAUAUUGAAGUAGAAGACGUGAAUGACAACCCACCGGCCUUCGAAAUGAAGGAGUACAGCCGCACGGUCAGAGAGGGAGCAUCUCACUUUGAGCCACAGCUGUUUAUUAGGGCUUCUGAUGCUGACGGCCCAGAUCAAGGCGGUAAAAAGAUUUUCUACAGCAUCCUGUCAGUGAACGCUGAAGGCAUAUUCUUUAUUGAGCCAGUAAGCGGAGAGCUGAUACUGAACUCUCCUGCACGUGCUGGCGACACAACUCACGGACAGUACGAGCUGGUCAUUAGGGCAACAGAUGCUGGUAUUCCACCUCUGCAUUCCGAUGUCCAGGUUUUGAUACGGGUGGGAGUUCCUGGCAACCAGAGGCCAGUGUUUCGUGGCAAAGAAGAUGCUGCCAGCAAGCCGUCUCUGUACAUGGCGUCAGUGAAAGAGAACGUCAAACCUGGCUCUGAGGUGAUAACGGUGGUUGCCACCGAUCCUGACGGCCAAGACUCUUUGUUGGAAUAUUUCAUUGCUGGUGGAGCUAAGGAUAACUUCCUCAUAGACCGCAAGUUAGGUAAAAUCAAAGUGUCUCCAUAUGCUCACCUGGACUAUGAAGAGGGAUCACAUUACGACAUUGUGGUUCACGCAGUGGAUGCUGGCACUCCAAUUCGUGAGACCGCAACUGCUACAGUUGUAGUGGAAAUUUUGGAUGUCAACAACAAGCCUCCUGUUUUCCCAAAUAAUGACCUUUCUAUAUACACUCAUUACUUAUCAGAACAAACAGAAAUAGGUGAAUCAGUUAUGAAUGUAACAGCUUUUGAUCCAGAUGCAGAUGCGGCUAUAAAGUAUUCUAUUAUAGAACCAAUAAGAGCAACUGAUAGAACAGGUUUGCCCCUGAAAUCUAACACAGUUUAUAAGGACUGGUUCAAAAUAAAUUCAUCCACUGGAGAAAUUUCGGUUGCACAACCUUUAGAUCAUCAUGCGGCAGCAGUGGUAAUAUUUACAGUCCAAGCAAAAGACCUGAAUGCCAAGGAAAAUAUUGAUCUGCAAACUGCUAAAGUGGAAGUAACCAUUUAUAUUCAGGCAUAUAGUGAUAGUAAUCCAGUGUUUACCUUACAUGGCUGGUCUGGUAAAAAUAACAUUGUAAAACUAAAAAUUCCUGAAGAACAACCGGUUGGAACAGUUUUGUUUCGUCUUACCGCUAAAGAUCCAACAAAUAACAAACUGAUCAAAAGAUAUGAGAAACUAAAACAUGAAACAAAAAGAGAGAGUGAAGACUUCUUUAACAUAGCUGAACAGACUGGUGAUAUAAUAUUGAACAAGAAACUGGAUUUUGAAAAGUUACAACAGAGAGUUCUCAGUUUUCAAGUUAGAGCAUUUGCUGAUGAUGGUGUUCGAACAAGUGUUGCCAAUGUUGUUGUUGAAGUACAAAACAUCAAUGACCACAGUCCAAAAUUCAAGCAAGAGAGCUAUGACGUGAAGAUUUUAGAAUCAGCUCAGUUUCCACAAAUGGUAUUGUCUGUCCAUGCAAGUGACGAAGACGGAGAUGAUAAUACAACUGGCUAUGGAACAGUGUAUUACUCGCUCAGUGGUGAAAACAUGAACUUGUUUACUAUUGAUGCAGCUACUGGAGUUAUUCAGGUUGCAAAGAACGUACAGCUGGAUAGAGAAAAGCAGCCAACACUCAAGUUUCAAGUGAUUGCGGCUGACACACCUCAAGGAGGAGCUAAUCAACGAAAAAGCACUGUAAUGGUAACCGUUGAGGUGCUUGAUGUAAAUGACAAUGCACCUCAGUUCAACAAGAAUUUGUACUCUGCUGUGGUACCAGAGAAUGUUGCGGUUGGCACUCACGUGGUUACAGUGAUGUCUGUAGAUCCUGAUGAAGGAUUAGGUGGAGAAGUCAGUUUUGAUUUUUCAAAUGAAGGAGAAGCCAGUGGUUUGUUCUCCAUAAACCAUUCGACUGGAAACGUGAGCACUCGUCAAGCCUUGACUGGCAAAGGCCGCACAGAACCGUACCAACUUAUGGUACGAGCUCAAGACAAAGGAAACCCACCUCUCUCAUCAGAUGUACCACUUAUAAUUCAUAUUGGAGACGUUUUUUCGAAUGAUGGUGUUCCAGUAUUUAUACGGCCUAAAAUUGACGAGCAGGCAUACAUUUCAGAGAACUCUUCCAUUGGCUCACCUGUAUUUCAAGUGAAAGCUGCAGAUCCUGAUGAUCCAAAUACUCCUAAUGGCAAGAUUUUAUAUAAGUUCUUGAAUGACAGAACUGACACCCUUGCAUUUAGCAUUGAUAGUCAUUCUGGACUCAUAACAUCGUCCCAGCUUUUGGACCGAGAAAUGAAAGACAAGUAUGCUUUGGUGGUCUUGGCACAAGACCAAGGUAAUCCACCUCAGCAAACCACACGAAUGCUUCUUGUCCACAUCACCGACAUUGAUGAUCAUAAACCAAUAUUCAGAAGAAAACUGGAUGAUGAGCCUCUAAUGUUCUCCAUACCAGAAGAAUUGGAUGUUGGUACUGAAGUUGGAAAAGUGGAAGCAGUGGAUGAAGAUUUGGGUGACAAUGGAAAUAUUGACUACAUCAUCACAUUUGGCAAUGAAGAUGGCUUGUUUAGCAUCAAGCGUACUGAUGACAACAAGGGUGUUAUAUCUGUGGCCAGAAGAGUUGACAGAGAAACUGCUGCAGAGCAUAUGCUGACAGUGAAGUGCUUCAAACUUUUUUCACCACCUCCGAGCUACAGAAAGCAGUACAGCAAACAGGAUCCAUCUGAACAGCAAGUGAAAAUAAUUGUGCAAGAUAUAGAUGACAAUAAACCAGAAUUCAUAAAGGAAAACAUUACUGUUGGUGUGAGGCUCAAUGUACCCGUCGACACAACUCUUCUCACACUUGAAGUUGUGGACAAGGACUCCAGUGCUUUGCCAGUGUCGUACAAGCUGGUGAACACUACGUUCUUCUCUCUGUCGCCAUCAGUAAUCGACACUGUUCUAGUUCCGACCAAUAACAGCAUUGUGUUUCAACUGGACGAGCAAACAGGAGAGCUACGCACUGCUGGCAGCAUGCUUUCCUUUGUGGAUGGUUACUUUGAAAUGAAAGUUACCGCAAACAAUUCUGAUCAACCUGGAAGGGAAGCAAACACAACAGUUAAGAUCUUCGUACUUCGUGAUAGAGAUUUACUAAAAUUUGUUUUUGGAAAACCACCAUCGGAUGUACGCAGGUUAUUGCCAGACUUUCAGAGAGAAGUUGAGAAAGCACUUUUACUACCAGUUAGUGUCAACAUUUAUGACACUCAGUUCUAUGCCAAGGAAGAUGGCAGUCUCGACUUCAGCAGCACGAGUUCGUGUUUCCAGUUGGUGGGCAAAGAGAGCUACGAUCUGAAUGAAUUGCAAUACUUAUUGCAAGAUCCUGAUAACACAGAACUUGAUAAUGUGUAUGCUAAAUAUGGUGUCCAAGGAGUCCAGCGGUGCAUUCCACUCAUAGCUAAAGCAGAAGCGUCGUGGAUACAGCUGUGGGUGUUGGCGGUUGCAUGCUUCAUUGGGCUCUCCGCCUUCAUUUCGGGACUGUCCGUGUGCUGCCUUUACAGCAGGUACAAGCGCCAGUCGAGGCGAAGCUUGCUGCACGAAGCUCCACCGGGGCCACUGUCCAGUAUUGGAUACCUGUCGGGCGCCGGGAGCGGUCCCACGGUGGUCCUGACUGCUCCCCCUCUGACGGAAAACCCACACAUGUACGAGUGGGUGCAUGAUGGUACAGUCCUGCCGUCUGGUCACGACAACAUGUCUUAUCAGAGUUUCCCAGUGCGAUGAAUCAACAUUUAAGGCAGGGAACUGUUAUGACCAUUCUCGUGGAGAUUUAUGUACAUAAUACGCAAUAAUAUAAUAUUUUUUUUAUAGUUUUAUAUAAAGGCCUUCCUUGAUAAUAAUGUUGAAUGUUAUUGCUGCAGAAAUAAGGCAAAAAUAAAUGACUGUAUACAUUUAAAUUGUAAUUUAAAUAUAUAUAUUUUUAUAUUUUUUUAACCAUGUUUACUUAUUAAUAGAACAAGGAAAUAAAUUUUAGACGUUAUAGGGAAAUGGUGUUUUGAUUUCUUUUUCUAAUGUAUUACAUAGUAGCUUUCAUGUGUGUACAUACACAACAGUAGUGACAAACUGUACAAGGGCCAUGAAAUAAUAUAUGGAUGUAUUUUAGUUUUACAGCUAACUUUCCUUAAUUAAGGCUUGGCAAAAAAAUUUGAAGCUAGAGUAAAAAACAAUUGUGACUGUGUUUCCGACUCUUAGAACUAAAAUAAAAUUUGUUUACUGACAGCUGCCGUUUGUUCAUAAUAAAAAUUUAUUUGUGAGAAUAAGCAGUUUUGAAAAUUUUAAAUUGAAUUUAUAUAAAUUGACUACAAAAUAAUUUUCACCAGGAAAAUCACUAGGCAAUUAUUCCUGUAAAACAUGAACUUUUAUUGUGAUCUGUGUUAUAUCCAACCGGUUAUCUUUGUUCUAUUUCAUAUUGGUUAUUUACUUAAUACAUGGUCUCAGGAUAGUUUCCAGGGGGAGGAGGGAAUGUAUUCUCUCAAAAUCCCCAAAAAAAAAAUAUAUAUAUUUAUUCCACCCAAAUAAAGAAAAAAAUUUAAAAGCAAACAGCAGGCAAAGAGGUCUAUCCCUCUUCCCCCAAAAUGAAAUUCUGUGAACACCUCCAAGUUUUUUAUAUCAUUGAAAAAAAAAGUAAUGUGCAACAGAUAAUAACUUAGCUAUCAGCUUUUUUUUAUUGUAAUAAAAAUUAAUUUUUGCUUGUUAAUAAAUAUUUUAUCCACAAAGGAUUUUUUUUUUACUUCAGUGUAACCAGAGCAAUUGGGUUACAGCAGUGGGCAACACAUUCAUGUGCAGUUGUUUACUUUCGGUGCUAGCUUACCUUGCUUCAGAUGAAAUAUAUUUUCAAUUAUGAUUUGAAUGAAUAACAAUGCACUCAAAAAGUCAAAUGUUACUAAUUUUUUUACAGGAACCUCCUAAAUCUAUUCUUUUAAAAUCAAUUUUCAGUGUGAAAUUUUCAAUGGGCCCGGUGUUCAGUUCUUGUAGCACUAUUAUACUAUAUUUUAAUCAAGAAAAUUUAAAAAUAGCUAUACACCCAUCUGCUAAUUGAGCUGUACAAUAGAACAAUAGGUAUUUUCAACUUUUUUUUUUUUUUCAAAAAUUCCUGUAAUGAAAAUUUAUUGUUCCAUAGGAACAUACAGCACAAUUUUACUGGUACUAACUGUGGCACCAUUUGAUUGAAAUGUUACCAAUUCAAGUCCCGUAGACAAAAAAAGAUGGUGAGACAGUCCAGUACCUUGAUCAAAGAAGCGAGGAAAUACUGGCAUGCCGGCCCGUGUCAACUUUUAGUCUUUGGACAUGCUAAAUACCCCCAUGUUCAGAGAACCCUCAGGAAAUCUAUUUAAUCAUAGCUGAAUUCUUGGUUUCUUGUAUAAAAAAAAAGUUUUAUUUAUGUGUUCACUUUAGUUUUCCAACUACCGUAAAUACUCAUUAAUCUGAAUUGUUCAAGACAUCAGCCAUGCAAUAUUAGCAAUAUUCCAAUAUUAUCCAACGUCAACAUAGUUUCAUGUGAAUACCAAUGAAAAAAUUUACAGUACAAUGAUAUUUAAAACAACCUGUUUUAUGUAAAGGAAAA